AUGAGUUUGUAUACAAAAACCGUUACUAUUCAGAAUUUAAGUGAUACAACCACAUACUGGACGACAACAAAUAAUUAUCAUGUUUAUUUUGAAGAAUUGAAAGAUGACAACACUCCGAGAUUUGGCCCAUCUAGAAAACCAAAUCAAGUUUGGCUUUUUUGGGGCUCUGGUGAUAAUAUUGUCUCAAUUUUAAGCGUUCAAUGUGAUAAAAAUCAACCCCUUGCAUUCACAUAUAAUCCUGAUUGCGAAAAACAACUGUUCACGGUUAGACCAUAUGUUCCUUAUAAUGUGACACAAUUAUUCAAAAUUACGAUUGAUAAUGGUGGUAAUUUUAGCCUUCAGUCAGUUAUAGAUUCUAAAAAGUUUGCUAUUUCUAAUGAUCGUAAUAUUGAUACUAGCAAUUUUUCUACUUACCAGUGGAAAUUAACCUAUUUGUAG